AUGGCUUUUCAGUAUAAAUAUGUCUGCAAUAUUGACAUUUUCUCUGGCGUCUUUGCGAAGCAAAGCAUCAUUGUUGCUGAGAUAGUGUCCUGCCCUUGUAUUCCUGGUACACAGAACUGGGGACAUUCCCUACCCAUGGCUGCCCAUUCUACACCUCCAUCGACUGAUGUCACCUUGAGAGAGGCUCUGCUUCUUGCACCUGAUGCUCCACAAAGCCCAGGUGUGGAUGAACAGCCCACUGGAGUAGACUGGCUCAGAGAAAUGGUGAAAACCAAGGGUCGUCGUCGCGGCACCGGUGGGAGCCAGGCACGGAGCUCGGAGUGUGCGGCAUUUCACCUCCUUUCCCCCGCCAGUGGGAACCCCGGAGCCGGGGCCCGCUCAGCGGGCAUCACCACGACCAAGGCCGGUAGCAAGGGCGGGAACCUCCGCAACAAGCUGGACGGUAACGAACUGGACCUGAGCCUCAGCGACCUGAAUGAAGUCCCGGUGAAGGAGCUGGCUGCCCUUCCUAAGGCCACCGUCCUGGAUCUGUCUUAUAAUAAACUGACUACUCUACCGUCGGCUUUCUGUGGCCUCACACACCUGGUGAAGCUAGACCUGAGUAAAAACAAGCUGCAGCAGCUGUCAGCAGACCUCGGCCGCCUGGUCAACCUCCAGCACCUGGAUCUCCUCAACAACAGGCUGGUCACCUUGCCUGUCAGCUUUGCUCGGCUCAAGAACCUGAAGUGGCUGGACCCGAAGGAUAACCCCCUGGAUCCUGUCCUGGCCAAGGGGGCAGGUGACUGCUUGGAUGAGAAGCAGUGUAAGCAGUGUGCAAACAAGUUGUUACCGCACAUGAAGGCUGUGCAGGCGGAUCGGGAGCGGGAGAGGCAGCGGUGGCUGGAAGGAGCACGUGAGGCAGAGAAGAAGCGCGAGGCCAAGCAGCGAGCUAAGGAAGCCCAGGAGCGGGAACUGCGGAAGCAGGAGAAGGCGGAAGAGAAGGAGCGCUGGUGAAAGGAGUACGACGCCCUCAAAGCAGCCAAGCGGGAGCAGAAGAAACCUAAGAAGGAAGCAAAUCAGGCCCCAAAAUAUAAGUCCGGCUCCCGUCCCCGCAAGCCACCACCCCGGAAACACACUCGUUCCUGGGCUGUGCUGAAGCUGCUGCUGCUGCUGUUGCUAUUUUGUGUGGCAGGAGGGCUGGUUGUUUGUCGGGUGACAGAGCUGCAACAGCAGCAGUUCCUCUGCACCAGUGUCAACACCAUCUAUGACAAUGCGGUCCAGCGUCUACGCCGCCAUGAGAUCCUCCAGUGGGUCCUCCAGACCGACUCGCAGCCGCGAGCUUGUCCCCUGCACCUGCUGCCGCCCAGCCUUGGAGCUUGGAUUCCUAUGGAAUUGGGUUCUGCUGGACACAACCUCUUUUAGCAUCAGACCUACCUGCCAUCAUCAAAUGGCUGCAGAUUGGUACAUGAGACCUCCUCUUCGUAGGACUUCAUUCCUUAGUCAGGGUUCCCUGGUGGAAUGAGGAGAAAGGGGAGGUGGUGGUGGGGCGGACAGUUACCUGCAUGCCUAAAGGAGUAGGCUUGGGGGUGGGGAGAGAGAAAACAUAGCCUUUUCUAGUUGUUGUACAAAGCUGUGUCAAGGCAAGGCUCGUUUCUACUAAAUGGUCAGCUGUCACUAC